AUGACUGAUGAUCAACAACUAAAGCCGAAGAAAAAAGUGAAAAUCGUGUCCCUUUACAGACCCGAAUCCGGAAGUACAGCUAUUAAUAACACUCAUACUCAAAGUGGACCUGUGAACCCAGUUAAUGUUAAUGGUAAACGUCAAAUCUACAUCAUCAACGCUGCGAAAGUACCUGGGGUCACUGGAACUCCUGUUAUACUACCAUCAGGAAACCAGCCUAGCCGAUGCAUUCAACUUAUCCCUCAGUCGUCACCAACACCGAAUCAAAUGCUAACAAAUGAGAUUACGAAACAAGAAAGUCUCCAAAGAUCAUCGUCAUACAUGGAGCCGACGACUGCUUCCCCAAUUAAAGCUUUUCGAUCACGCAGAGAUGCAAUUUUAAAUGAUGCCCAGAAGCGAAUGGCAAAUAGGCAUAACACGGGGUUCAGGCCAAAUCAGUCCGUCAGGUCAUCAUUUUUUCUUCAAAAGGCAAUAAAAGAGGAUGAAAGCAAAAGUGAAGAUACAAGUACCGUUGUUCGUUCACGGAUGCCGGUGAGUUUAAUUCCAACUAAUUUUUCCAUUGCAAUUUUAUGCAAAUUAGACAUUUAG